AACCUAAAAACUAUUAAACUAGGCCUAUAUUUAGUUUGUUUUCUUAUGUUUUCGUUUUCAUUUGUGUAUGAUAGUUAACCCUGAACAAACUAUUUUGUUUGUUGGAAGUGGAAGCAAUUGGUUACUUUUUAACAUGUGGGCUGGCGGAAUCACAAGAUGUCAAAAUUGACUAAACGCAAGAUCACAGUUGAAAGUCCAGGAAGCAAACUCAACAAUAGCAACAUAUCAGCAAAUAAAGAGUCGCAGCGACGGCAAAGUGUUUUUGAGCGCCUUGGCACCAAAACCAGCACACCCAUCUCUGUGAAUACAGCUCCGUUGGGGCAGAACCAAGCUACAAUUGAAAACUUUUGUAGGCAUUGGAACCAAAAUGGCACUUGUCCCUAUGGGAAAACUUGUCUUUUUGCCAAUACUCAUACACUAAUCAGUCCCUCAAAGCGAGCCCAGAAGAAAGACUUAGACCCAAAACAGUUAGAAGGGUUGAAGCGUCUUCACUCUACCGUAGUGAAGCGCGGGAGCCCUGAAGUCAACUGGGAUUCUUGGGACCAAAAUUCUUUGGAAUACGAAGACGAAAAGGUCCUGGAGAAACGCAGACAACUUCUGCAGCGGGAAUUGGAACUUCAGAUGAGGCGGGAGGAGACGGACGAGCAUCACAGACACAGAUCAAACACUAGCUCUCAGAAAAAGACACUAAGCAGUUCCUCGUCAACCUCAGUGAGCUCGACCACGUCAGAUUCUAGCUCUAGUAGUGACGAUAGCUCUUCAGACUCUAGCUCGACCAGUGGUGUAGCGGACGCCAAGCGGAGACGUGGCAAAGCCAAGAAGACAAAGCGAGCUUCUACAUCCUCGUUGUCUGAUAGCGAACGGAAGAAAAUUAGAGACAAAUCAAUGCAUAAAGACAGGAGCCCCUCAAACAUAAGUAAGAAGUCCAACAGUAGUAGGGACAAAAGGGCUUUCACCCCACCAAGAAAGUCAGCUCCCAGUUCAAAAAUGGCUCGCAAGAAAUCCCUCUCUCCCUCACAUCGGAGACAUAACUCUCCACCUCCGGGGAAAAACAAACCAUCCACCUCCAAAACUUCUGGAGCAUCAAGACAUAACCAGUCGCCUCGGCCACCCAGCAAACGCAGCACCUCAGUUGAGCGCAAGGACAAACACCGGCGCAGUCAGUCACCUCGUAGAGCCAAACCUGGCGCCAAGGAGCGUUCACCUCGACCCCCACGCCAGGACCCUGCCAGGAGACGUAAAGACUCUCCAGCAGACAGAGUCCGCAAUGCCAGCCACUCCAGGCUGGAUGAUAGAAAAAAAGAUGAUGAUCGGUCCAGAAAUAAGGAUGAUCGUCGUCAAGAUAGGAAGGCAAUUCCUGAUCGAGAUAAGAGAGACCAUGAUGAUAUUCGUGCAAGGGAGAAAGCCAGAGAAGCAGCUCGAGAAAAGGAAAGGGAAGAAGCUCUAGAGAGAUGUAGAGAGAGGCAGAGAGAAAGAGAACUGCUUGCAAAAGAAAAAGAACGAACAAAGACAAAGGAUGAAAAGGAAAGAGAUCCCAAGAAACGAGAUUACGACAGGCCAGUUCCUCCACUGAUGUCCCUCUCAACCCACCAACCUGAACGCAAAUUGACGGACAGAGAUCGAGAAAGAGGGAAUAAAGAUAGGAAAGAUAGAGAUAAAGAUAAAGAGAAAGAAAGAGAUAGGGAACGAGAUAGAAUCUACGAUAGGGGACUUGAAAAACCCGAAAGAGGCAGACCGUUAGAAAAAGAAAGGUUGGUGGAUAAACUAUCCGACCGUGAAAGAGAUAAAGAUAGGCCUCGAGAAAGAGAAAUUAUAAAUGAAAGAGUAAGAGAUAAAGCUGAUCGGGACAGAAGUUUUGAGAGAGACAGAAAUUUUGACAGAGGUGCCAAUGAACCAAGUGAAAGAGGUUUUGACAGAGAAAAGGAUAGACCCACCAAAAACCUUGAUAGAAAUAGAGACAGGGAUUUUGAAAGAGACAAAGAAAGAAACUACGAAAGAGCUGGUGGAGAUAAUAGACGAAGCUUUGAGAAAGCUGAUAGAACGUCUUUGGAGAAAGAUCGAGGAAUGCCUAGAGAUAGGGCUCUGGACAGAGUCAUGGAUAUAAGGGAGAGGAACAGCCUGGAACGAGGAAGGCCAGGUGACGGAGAACGAAAUGUGGAGAGAGGUAGAGAACGGUUUGAGAGAGAGGGGCGAUUUGACAGACGAGGCCUGGCAGCCGAGGAUAAGGGAUAUGAGAGUCCUUACGACACUCGCAGAGUUUUGUCUUCAGAUCGUCAGAGGUAUGCCCAAGAUGGUUCCGAGAGAGCAGGAAUGUUCAAGGAUUUAAGUCCAUCAACACGAGAAGAUACGCGUGGAUUGAGGCAUAACCAAGGAUUUGGUGAAGAGAGGAGAAGGGGAGGACAGAGAGGAGGAGGAUGGGAAUCCCGAGGAGGCUAUGAGGAUCCAGGACCUGGAAAGUCCCGGGACUGGGAUUAUCCAGAAUCCCGACGGGACUGGGACACCAGAAACAGACACGGAGAAUGGGAGACUGGAGUUGAGGGUGAAGACUGGGUUCGCUACGGCGGAGGUGAGUGGGCCGGAGGAGAGUGGAGGGAGGAGUGGCCUGCCCGGCCACGACACAACCAACGGGAGGACCAGACUGUGGUGUCCAGCAAUCACAUCGUAGUGAGAGACGCCAAUGUAGAGGAGCCCGGUAGCCGCCGUCCUCAAGCGCAGAAUCCCUCCGAGAAAGAUCCUCUUGCUGGUGGGGAUUUCAAGAAGGAAAUUAUAGACACAGGUGGAGAAGGGGUGGGGGUCAAGCGGGGCAGAGAGCGUGAAGAGGGAGAAGCCCCGCCUGAUGCUAAGAAGCCCCGUCUAGAGGAACCACUGAUCUCCGCCCCAUUGGAGGAAGCUCUCAGUGACAUCAGUGAUGAUCCUGACGAGAUACUCAACCGUGAAGACUUGGAUGUCCUAGCACCUGAAGAAGGACUUUUGGAGGAAGAUGUUCGCUCUGCAACUUCUGUAGCAGCUGCUCAUGAAUUAGAUCAAAGGUUAUUAGAAGAUCGCCCUAGUGAAGAAGAAAAUAUUGACAAUUUAGGCUUUGAAGAAAUCUCAGAUGAAGAGUUAGAGGAAGAAGCUAGAGCUAAUAAGAAUAGAGGUCUAGGAGAUGCCCUGGGUGUAGACUGGGCCAGUCUAGUGUGUGAGAGUCGUCCGCCUCGCCCUGCCACCGACACUGAGCCCGGCGCAGCUAGACGCAGAUGGCAACCUACAGCUGUACUGGCGCGUAUAGGUGUCAGUCUGCAGUACGCCGGCCAGGAGGUGUUUGACGAGAUACAAAAGUCACUCAAGCCGGAAGAAGGCAAGGACACAGAAGGUCCAGGACUGCUUCACCCUGUAGCCUCCCUACACGUCGCACUGAGGGAGAGACAGGUGAGGCGCAAGUGUUUGUUCACCGGCACUGACACCUUCAAGCGAGCACUCUCCGCUCGCACUGAUAUCGCCAUUAGACGACAGCUUUGUAAUCUCCCAGUCGCCAGCUUGGAAAUGCAACAGUCUACUGGCUUUUGUCAAUGGGUCGUCUAAGUUUUACUUUGAGACUAACAAAUCACCCAACAAUUAGAUUUCAAUAUCAGAUUUCAAGGAUCAUAAGGCUGAUUGAAGGACUUUUAGAAAAGGGAUAAAGUUCCAGAAAAAUAAAGAGGCAAAUAAAACAAGUGCACAGUAACAAAAAAAUUAUUCUUCUCUUUGAAGAAGUAUUACUCCACCAAAUUAGGCACUGUGUUGUAAAAACUAGUAUCCUUUAUGCUCUGGACCUGGACAAAGGUUAUAUCAGGUAAAUUAGCUGAACUGUAUUCUUUUACUAAAAUGACUAUAACUUUAAUCAAUGCUUGGUAGUGAUUGUAUAUAGAUUGUUGAUAGUUGUUACUUUUUGUGUUCUGAAAUAGAUUUUUUUAUUUAAA